CUCGGGCCGCCGUGCCCACCUCACCGCCGCGUCCGCCGCCCCCGCCUCCAGUGCCGCGGCGGCUCCUGGGCUUGAGCGCGCAGCCGGGGCAGCCCAGAGACGCUGGGCUCGGGCCUCUCCACCCGCUUCAAUUGGGGAGCCUUCUCCCUCGACUCCCAAAGUUUUUGGGUUCGUUAGAAUUUCUGGAUUCAGGUUUUUUUCCACCUAGGAAUUUUUGGGAAAUACUUUUGACAAACCGAUCGCAUUUUCUCUCUGCUAGCUCUCUGUUCCCCUUCUUCUUUUUUUUUCUUUCCCGUGCAGGGGAAAGGGCUUACGAGAGAAGCUCCUGCUGGACAAAGUUUUCCAAAGUUUUCCAUGUGUGAUGGUUGCGGGGAGAGCAAAUCCAACAGCUUGACUCGGCGGCUUCAACCCACUGCCCCUUGAGCAGCCCCUAGGCCCGCUGUAAAAGAACAAACAAACAAACAAACAAAGUUACACCUCGAGGGGCCUUGUGUCUCCUCUCUUCUUUUAGGCGACCCCCCACUCCUGCUCUUCCCUCGCAGCCUCUACUCCCCUGCCCGCGGCCCCUUCCUCUUUCUGCUUCGGCUGGAGGUGCCAGGACCCCCGGCUGCAUCCUCCCCUCCCCCGCCGCUCCGCUCGGGUCCGGCCCUCCCCUCCCCCUCCGCGGCCGGCACAGCCAAUCCCCCGAGCGGCCGCCAACAUGCUCUUUGAAGGCUUGGAGCUGGUGUCGGCGCUGGCCACCCUCGCCGCGUGCCUGGUGUCUGUGACGCUGCUGCUGGCCGUGUCGCAGCAGCUGUGGCAGCUACGCUGGGCUGCCACCCGGGACAAGAGCUGCAAGUUGCCCAUCCCGAAGGGCUCCAUGGGCUUCCCGCUCAUCGGAGAGACCGGCCACUGGCUGCUACAGGGUUCCGGCUUCCAGUCGUCGCGGAGGGAGAAGUAUGGCAACGUGUUCAAGACACACUUGCUCGGGCGGCCGCUCAUCCGAGUGACCGGCGCGGAAAACGUGCGCAAGAUCCUCAUGGGAGAGCACCACCUCGUGAGCACCGAGUGGCCGCGCAGCACGCGUAUGUUGCUUGGGCCCAACACGGUGGCCAACUCCAUCGGCGACAUCCACCGCAACAAGCGCAAGAUCUUCUCAAAGAUCUUUAGCCAUGAGGCCCUGGAGAGCUACCUGCCCAAGAUCCAGCUGGUGAUACAGGACACGCUCCGUGCCUGGAGCAGCCAGCCCGAGGCCAUCAAUGUGUACCAAGAGGCACAGAAACUCACCUUCCGCAUGGCCAUCCGGGUGCUCCUGGGCUUCAGUAUCCCUGAGGAGGACCUUGGGCACCUCUUCGAAGUCUACCAGCAGUUUGUGGAGAAUGUCUUCUCCCUGCCUGUUGACUUGCCCUUCAGCGGCUACCGGCGGGGCAUUCAGGCUCGGCAGACCCUGCAGAAGGGGCUGGAAAAGGCCAUCAGGGAGAAGCUGCAGUGCACGCAGGGCAAGGACUACUCAGACGCACUGGACAUCCUCAUUGAGAGCAGCAAGGAGCACGGGAAGGAGAUGACCAUGCAGGAGCUGAAGGACGGCACCCUGGAACUGAUCUUCGCGGCCUACGCCACCACAGCCAGUGCCAGCACCUCACUCAUCAUGCAGCUGCUAAAGCACCCAGCUGUGCUGGAGAAGCUGCGGGAGGAGCUGCGGACCCAGGGCAUCCUGCACAGCGGUGGCUGCCCCUGUGAGGGCACCCUGCGCCUGGACACGCUCAGCGGGCUGCGCUACCUGGACUGUGUUAUCAAGGAGGUCAUGCGUCUUUUCACACCCAUUUCGGGCGGCUACCGCACUGUGCUGCAGACCUUCGAGCUCGAUGGUUUCCAGAUACCCAAAGGCUGGAGUGUCAUGUACAGCAUCCGGGAUACCCAUGACACAGCACCUGUGUUCAAAGACGUGAACGUGUUUGACCCUGACCGCUUCAGUCAGGCACGGAGCGAAGACAAAGAUGGCCGCUUCCAUUACCUCCCAUUCGGCGGUGGUGUCCGGACCUGCCUGGGCAAGCACCUGGCCAAGCUCUUUCUGAAAGUGCUGGCGGUGGAGCUGGCCAGCACCAGCCGCUUUGAGCUGGCCACUCGGACCUUCCCCCGCAUCACCUUGGUCCCCGUCCUGCACCCUGUGGAUGGCCUCAGUGUCAAAUUCUUUGGCCUGGACUCCAACCAGAAUAAGAUUCUGCCAGAGACCGAAGCCAUGCUGAGCGCCACUGUGUAGGGGGGUUCUGGGCCCUACGGCCAGCCUCAGUCAGCCCACAAGGGGAGUGGGGGCAGUGGAGGUAGAAACCUGUGUGUGGGAGGGGCCUGAACCAGGGAGGGCCGGUGGCCCCCAUACGUGUCCUGCUCUGGUCCCCCUUCUUGGCAAACCCUACCCAGCACCGAAAGGGCCCUGGCCGUUCUGGGACGGGGCUCCCCUUCUGGCUCCUGCUCUCUCCAGCAUCUUCCCACUUCCCACCAGCUUAGCUCUUGGGAAAGGGCCUGGCUUUGCAUGCCAUUCCAGUGUUAUAUGUCAGUGGGCUAUGCCUGAGUGUGUGCUUGUACCUUCUGACCUGGGCCCUCCCCUCCCCCGUCUUUUAGGUGGCAGUCAGGUGGCCAUGCUGGGGCAGGGAGGGAAGUGGCCCCCAACCUUGGCACUUUCUUCAGCGCCCUGGCCCCUCCUGCCACUGCUCAGACAGUGCCCCUGGCGCUGUGGCUGCUGAAGAGCAGUGUCCCAGGUCACCCAUCAUCAGUCAGCCUGGCUGUGCAGGGGUUUCCGUGGCCCGAAGAGCACCCCUGUCCAGCCCUGCCAGUUUGGACGUUUGAAGUUACCUAUUGCUGCUACUUGUUCUCUUCUCUGAUCAUGGGGCACACUCCCUGGGGGCCCUGGGCAGGUACACUGACAUCCCUACCUUCCCCCAAGGUGAGACCCCACUGAGCCUGGCCUUUCCCUGCUCUCCACACCCAGCCAAGGCCCUGGGCUCAUGGGAACCUGCACCUCACUAAAAUUUCAGCCUGUCGAGGCCUGGAACAGACAUCUGCAUCUUCCUUGCUUCUGCCUCAGCUGUCCCCCUCCAGGACAUCUGGGAACAAAGAGGAAAGGGUUGCUGGCCAAUCCUAGCUCCCUUGCCCCAUUGGCUGAGGGUUGAGCAGCACUCCCCUCCCCUCCUGGGGGGGGACUCCAGACAGAUGAUUAGAUUGGACCUCAGCCUUGCCACCCAGCUACAAUCCAGUGUCUCUGCCUGUUGUCCCCUGCUGGACAUGGGAAAGUGGCUCAUUUCUCCUCUCCGCCCUGUCAAAAGCCCUGGGGGGGGGGGUUUGGAGGCUGCCAUAAUUUCCAACCUGGCCACUUUUCACCCCAGCACCCCUGCUCCACUAGUGAGUAUAGAGAAGGAUACGGGUUCCCUUCUGGUGGGGCUCCAGAGCCCCUGUCUUCCUUUCCUAACCUUGCUCUUUGCCCUUAACCCUUGGAAAGAUGUCCUUGAAGUUCCUUCCACCUCUAUGCCACUAUCUGCUUGAGCCCAGCGCUGGGGUGUGAGGAGGUGAAUGCAAAGGGAUGGUGGGGUAGAGGCAGGAUCCCGGGUGCUGACUCGUGCCUGUGUGGUCUGGAGGCUGCAUGGGAGGCUGCCUAGAGCGGAGGAGGCAGGUGUGUGAGGGUUGUCAGAAGUGAUCUGGUGGCAGAUGGCCCAGUCGGGAUGACUGGUUAAAAGAGAAGUAGCUCCCACCACUGAUGGUUUGAGAGUUGGCAGUUUGGGACACCUCCUGGGAAUGGUUUAGGGCCUUUGGUGUGUCUCUAAGCAGUUUUGUCUGUUUUCAGAUUUUUCUUUGCUUUCUAUUUCUCUGUUCGUGUUUGAGUUGUAAUAGCAAUGAAUCCUCUUUUUUGUGGUACUGGGGAUUGAACUCAGGACCUUGUGCUUGCCGGGCAGGCACUUAUGCCACUGAGCUACCUCCCCAGCCCUGAAUCUUAUCUUCAAGAAAACCCAGAACAGAAAAAUGCAGCAAAUGGCUAUCCCCAGCGACCUGUCUGAAGAGCUCAGUGGGAAAAACCCUCAAUAGACCCACUUUUGGUUCUCUGUAGGACAACGUUCAGUCUUUACAGACAGCCCCCAUGUGUCCUGUAACCCCCCACUCCCACAUACUUCGUUUGUUUUCUACUUUUUAUUCCUAAGCAGCAAGUGUGGAACAGGUGUUAUUGGCAAAAGUGUUUAAAAUU